GAAUGUUCCAUCCUAGAGUGUCGGCCUCUCAGGAGAUAGGAACAGGAGGUUCAGUCAACCCAGAGGACUCUGUCUACCAUAUAUUUGAGUUCGAUGACCAAGUCUCACAGUGACACAGAGGUCAGCUUCAGAGGCAAGGGGCACUUCUGAAUUCAUGGAUGAAGAUGUUGUCCUUAGGAGACGUGGCUACAUUCUGGGAAUAAGUUUGGGAGAAGGCUCCUAUGCCAAAGUCAAAUCUGCUUACUCUGAGCGCCUAAAGAUCAAUGUGGCUAUCAAGAUCAUCGACUGCAAGAGAGCACCCACUGACUUUGUAGAGAAAUUCCUUCCCCGGGAACUUCGAGUUCUAACUAUUCUAAACCAUGGCUGCAUCAUCAAGACCUAUGAAAUUUUUGAGACAAUACACGGAAAGAUCUAUAUUGUCAUGGAGCUUGGGGCCCAGGGUGAUCUUCUUGAAUUCAUUAAGACCCGGGGAGCCCUCCAAGAGGAUGAUGCUCGAAAGAAGUUCCAUCAGCUCUCCUCAGCCGUCAAGUACUGCCAUGACCUGGACAUCGUCCACAGAGACCUCAAAUGUGAGAACCUCCUCCUUGACAAGGACUUUAACAUCAAAGUGUCAGACUUCGGCUUCUCCAAAUGCUGCUUACGAGACCAGAGCGGUCAACUGACGUUAAGUAAGACCUUCUGUGGGUCAGCUGCAUAUGCAGCCCCUGAGGUGCUACAAGGCAUCCCCUACCAACCCAAGGUGUAUGACAUCUGGAGCCUGGGAGUGAUCCUUUAUAUCAUGGUCUGUGGCUCCAUGCCCUAUGAUGACUCCAAUAUCAAGAGAAUGUUGCGUCUCCAGAAGGAGCACCGUGUUUACUUUCCACGUUAUAAGCACCUGACCAAGGAGUGCAAAGACCUCAUCUACUGCAUGCUACAACCAGAUGUCAAUCAGCGGUUGCACAUCGACCAGAUUCUUAGCCACUGCUGGCUGCAGCCCAAGACCCAGGAUCUGUCCUCUGCAGACACCAGUAAGGGGGAAUGCUCCUGGAGAGCUGAGCCCUCCUGCACUCUUAAACCUGGUUCUGACAGGAAAUCCACUACUAAGCUGGAGCCUCAGAAAGAGGCACAGCCCAAAGAACAGCCUGAGACAAACUUGGAUGAACAUACUGUGCAAAUGAUUGUACAGUUGGAGGCCCUGGGCAUUGGCAACCAGUAGGUGGCCAAGGAACCAAAGAGGAUUCCCUUCUCCAAGCAGUCUCCAAAGGAGCAUACCUAGAAAGCCUCUUGCGCAUGACCCAGGAAGAACUUAUAGGCUGAAGCUUGAGGCUAUGAAUGAGUCCUGAUUUUUGUCAGUUCCUCUUCCUCUCUUCAAAUUUGAUAACUCACAUGGCUAAAGAAACAAUAAAUCAUUGUAUUAGUGACUUUA